AUGGGUAAGCGAAAACCUAAAAGGAAGGUGGAGUUACUGGAUCCACCAUCGCGCGACGCCGACUGCGUCGUCUGUGGUAGGCACUUCAACUCGCCGAAGGCUUUGCAUGGGCAUCUGAGGUCCCAUCCUGAGCGUCCAUGGCGGGGGUUGCUUCCUCCCCCGACUGGAACUGGCACUAGCCGCAUAGGCCCUCGGGCUCUGGGCGUGAUGUGGAGAAUGACUCCUGCAGUGAUCGGUGCAGGUGGCGUGGAUGGAACUAAGGGUGAUGCGCCUGCGCCCUCGGCUGCUAAGGAUUCCACUUCUUCUCCUGCGAGAGGCCUGGGAAUCGAUCUGAACCAGCACCAAGACAAAGGCCCAAAAUCUCCGAGAUUUGAUCUGAAUAUGCCUCCUCCGGAGGACGAUGAUGAAGACACUGUUUCUUCUUAA